CUUGGUUAUACCCCUUCCACCUCUUUUCCCAUUGCCCUGCAUCUCCCAUAUGCACCAUUUCACCAACAUUUCAUCUUUCUGACCCCCCCAUACCUCUGCCUCCUCCUCCCUCUUCUCGUCCCCCUCCCUUCUCCAGUUCAUGUUGGUAAAAAUAUCUGCAGACAGCAGGAGCAGAGGCACGCCUGACUUUCUCUCUCUCUCUCUCUCUCAUUCUCUUUCUCUCUUUCUCUCAGACAUCCCACCCAUGUGAUCUCACUGGCUGUCUCUGCUGUGCUCCACUCUGCUCCAGUCAGGCGCCUGCCUUUCAGCUGGCUACAGCUAAUGAGCCUUUGUGUGGCCAAAGAGAGAGAGAGGAAAAGAUAGAGAGAGAGGAACACGGUGACAGAGAGGGGAGUAAAAGUGAAAGACUGUCAGCAUAUGGUACCGACGGUGCAGUCAGAGCUGGAAAAUUACAAGUCUCUCUCACACUCGUGCACCCUUUUUUUCUCAUGCCAGUGGAGCUUAGGGGUCGCUGCAAGUCAGUGGACUGAAACAAAAUGGGAAUCUCUUUAUUCAUCAUGUUUCACUCUUUUUGAAUCACCACAUUUAUGAUUGUGUGGCUGUGCUGCUGUGAGAAGAGGUGAAAGGAAGCACAGUUGGCCAGUGGAUACAGGUGCAGAUGCGGCGGGCCAUGAGCGGCAUACUGAAGAGGAAAUUUGAGGAGGUGGAAGCCUCCUCCUCCCCGUGCUCUUCCUUGCGGGAGUCUGAUGAUGAGGUCUCGUGCAGUGAGAGUGGGGAUAGCAGUGACAGUGUCAACCCCUCUGCCUCAGGCUCUUUCACCCCUGACUCAAUAUUGAAAAGAGAGAAGCGCCUGCGGACGAGGAGGGUACAUUUUGAGAAUGUGACAGUGUACUACUUCAGUCGGCGGCAGGGUUUUACCAGUGUACCCAGCCAGGGAGGCAGCACGCUGGGCAUGUCCAACAGGCACAGCUGGGUCAGGCAGUACUCCCUGGGUGAAUUUGCCGUGGAGCAGGAGAGGAUCCAUAGAGACAUGCUGAGAGACCAUCUGAAGGAGGAGAAACUCAACUCAAUCAAACUCAAGCUGACGAAGAAUGGCACAGUGGAGUCUGAAGAGGCCAGUACGCUCACGGCGGAGGACAUUUCUGACGAUGACAUUGAUCUGGACAACACAGAGGUAGACGAGUACUUCUUCCUGCAGCCUCUUACCACUAAAAAGCGUCGAGCACUGCUGCGCACCUCUGGGGUAAAGAAGAUUGACGUGGAAGAGAAGCAUGAAUUGCGAGCCAUCCGGAUGUCUAGAGAGGACUGUGGCUGUGACUGCAGAGUCUUCUGUGACCCAGAGACCUGUGCCUGCAGUAUAGCAGGGAUCAAGUGCCAGGUGGACCGUAUGUCAUUUCCAUGUGGCUGCACAAAAGAGGGCUGUAGCAAUUCAGCGGGGAGAGUGGAGUUUAAUCCCAUUCGCGUUCGGACCCAUUUCUUGCACACUAUAAUGAAGCUGGAACUGGAGAAGAGUCGUGAGCAGCAGCAGGCGUCCCCCACCAACGGUUACCGGAGUGAAACUAAUGACCUGGGGAGCGGAAACCCUUUGGUUCAGUCCCAGCACAGGUUGGAGUACUCUCUGUCCGAUGCUGCUCCACAGACAACCAGCAUGCACAUGCAGCCUGGCGAUGAGAUGGAGGAGCCGCUAGAUGAUGAAGAGGAAGAAGAGGAUGAAGAAGAUGAUGAGGAAGAAGAGGAGGAGGAAAAUGAAGACGAUGAAGAGGAUAGUAGCAGUGUUUGCAGUGGGCUGUCUGACUCCAGCACCCAGAGCCUGGCGAAUAGCGACUCUGAAGAUGAAGAGGAGGAUGAUGAGGACAAUGAGAAGUCUGAGAACUUUGAGGACGACACGUCAACUUCAUCAGUGUCUCAUACUGACGUGGUCCCCUUGUCCUCUGUGCUGUGUUACAGUGACGGCUCCGUGAUGCACGAUAACCACAUGAAUGGAAACACUUAUUUAAUGAGCUCUUCCUCAGCUGAGUACUAUCAGCUCGGGAGCUCCAGCGCCGUGUCCAAUGGCCAAACCUGCCAACCAGGCGAACCCUAUGGGGAAGCCUUCCAAGAUCCAGUCAACACGACAAAUGGCACCAUAGUCCAAGGACCAUUCAACAUGACUGCUGAGCAGUACGCAGACUACUCUAAUCAGGCUGAGGAACAGUACGCACCUAAUCAGCAUUUCCCUCUGGCCAACAGUGCCCCAGCUGCACCUUUGACCUGCUACGCACCUGAUCAGGAGAAGACGGCAUUGUCCAAAGCGGCGUUUGUGGAACAGCCUGACAACCAGAACCAGACACAGUUUCAAAACUACCUGAACAAUAACUCUAACUCCCAGGGUUCCUACAGCAGUCACAGCAAGUGUAUGACAGCAGAGCAGCCGCAUAAAGAGUCCAGCGUUAAUGGACAUUCUGACCUGACCUUACUAGCGAACACUACUAAGAACCUCGCUUUACCAGACCAUUGCCCUGAGGUCGCGGCCAUUUAGUGGGCCUCACCUUCUUAAGUGUUUUUUCAUUAUUGCUUCUUUACUCGAGCCUGACUGAGUGGUAUUUUAGAGGAACAUAACCAUUGCCUUUUCGCAUCAUCUGACCUUACAUUUCAAAGCGAUUUACAGCACUGCAGCACAUUUUCAUCUGUAACUAUAAGCCAUAGUUUCAUGACAGAGGUGGUUUUGAGGAAUUAUUCACUUCUGAAGUUUCCCCACUACAGUGUGCUUAACUGCAGAAUCAAAAACACAACACAUCGGUUAUGUCAUGCUGUGCAAUGUAUCUUGUAAUUUCAGAUGUAAAGUUCUAGUUUUAAGCAGAUAUUGUACUGUAGAUGGAACUUUUCUAUGUCUGCUGUAUGUGUCAAAUGUGCGAAAAAGGUUUGUCAGUUUAUCAUUUCUGAAUUAUGUGUAUACUUAUAUAUUGUAAAAGUUUUGAUAAUACGCAUGCUGUGACAUUUAGGGGGAAAACUUGCCAUGGUUUUAUAUAACAUUGUGUUGUAUACAUAAUUUAUCUUCUCUUCUUUUACUGACAGUUAUAUGCUUUUCUAUGGUUUUGAAAAGCAUGAAAAAGCCUGAAUUCUUGUUUGGAUAUUUCGGAAUACAGUAUCAAUAGCAUAAUGUCCGACAUGUCAAAACAGAUUCGCAGCCUUUUGCACUUAUGUGUGGGGGCCCAGUGGCAUGCAGGUGGUUUUAACUGAUAAAUACUUGAACAGUGGAUAAAUGUGGCCCCUCGAGUGUUUUCUUCCUCCCACUGUUCACUCGUAGAAUGAUGUGAUUUGCAGGUGUCACUACAAGUGCAGAUUUAUUCUUUGAAGCAUUUCAUUGAUGCAGGGAUAUCAAUUAAAGAGCACUUUGACAUAUCUUCAACAGUAUGAGAAGCUUGUAGACAAGAGAACAUUAUCAUUAAAUUAGCAUUAUAGGCUUCAUUUGAAAAGCAGCAGUAACUGGUUAUUCUGCUUUCGAUCGCCGUAUAAGCUACAUUGCGCUGUCUAAUAAUAAAGAUGUUUAUGUCGAUCCGAUAACGAUGUCGAUUUGAUGUUAAGUGCAAUAGUUUGAGGAUUUUUAAGAGGCUUUCUCCUUAGAGAAAAUCCUCAGUAAAGUGGAAGGAGAUUGCUUUUAAUUGAUGAUACUUAGUAUUGUACUUAAAGCACCAUUGAUUUUAUUAAAAAUAAGACCAUUGAACAAAUGUUCAAGGUUGACAAUCAAAGCGUAUUAUCAAACGAUUCAUAUCAGUGAUCAACAGUAUGACUCAUGAGUUCCAUGAGCCACUGAAAAUGACUUAACAGCCAGAUAUGAAAAAAAAAAAACUGCUUACGCAAUAUCUGUAAAUAACCUUAUAAAUGGUCUUAUACUUGUAUAGCGCCUUUCUAUGCUUUUACAGCACACUCAAAGCGCUUUCACAUUAUUCGGCCAUUCACCCAUUCGCACUCCCAAGCACUCACGCAUUCACACACCGGUGACAUCUUAUAACACAUCUUCAUGAAAUCACUGACAAAAGGUAAUUGAAGUCACUGCUCGACUGAUGACAAUUUAGCGGAUAAUUGUACUGUAAUAUGUUGCUGAGGUUUUCUCUUUACCUCGAGUGCUUUGCUCCUUUAUGAGUACAGAUAUUUGUGCCUCUUCUAAGCUUGCAAAUAUCUGCCCAUUCUUUAUAAUCACAAAGGUCAGCACUGGCCUUCUGGUGGUUGUGUGAGACUACUGAGUAGCUGGGACCACUCAUGCCACUUUGGUAGUAUACAAGACGAAUUGUGCCAAAGCAUACAGUGUGAGAAGGCUAAUGCACCCAGUUAAGAAUCCUGUGUUUGAUUUUAUUUUCCAGUAUUUAUUAUGAAUGAUAUAUUGAAAUGUGUAUUUAUUGUGGUUUAAUGAAAGUCUGUAUUGAGUAAAUUGCUUCACUAUCUUAAAAAUAAUUGUCUUUUGUUUCCUGCUGGUUGUGAGAUGUACAGCUUCAUGUGCCUGAUUUAUAUUAUUUUAUUUCAUAUUCUGUGAAAUGCAUAUGUUUUGCACAAGCUGGCCACAUCCUUUUGAAUGUUUUGUUCCCCCACUGUAGAUAGAACCCCCGUCAUUUUUAGUUUUUAUUUUUACCAUGAUUUUGAAAUAAAUUUAAUUAAAAUGACUCUUUUGAUCUUAACUGCU